AAAUAAUUUUUUAUAACAAUUAUAAAAAUGUAUAUAUCUUUAAUACAUCAAACCAAAUGUUAUAUAAAAAAUAAUAUUUGCAUAACUAAUACCAACACUACUAAUACUUACAUUAAUAAUACAAGCAUUAUUAAUAUACCUUAUUUUACAUUAUUUUUAUACAUUCUACCAAACUAGCCACAAACUUAAAUGCUUUGUUAAGGACAAAUAUCUUUAUAUAAGUUGGUGGUGGUUUCAGUGUUGCUAUUAUUUUAUUUUAAAAUUUAAAGAAGGCUCAUAAAAGCAGCAGCCGUUACUUAUUAACACACUCACCAGUCACCACUCUCACCUUUUUCUAGUCUUUCCUUCUUUUGCUUCUUAACUCUUUAGCUCCUUCCUUUUCCGAUGAUGGAACCCCUCCUUACACCUAUAGCAGCAUUGCUUGUUGCAUGCCUCUUUAGCUCUAUUAUUAUGGUGUCUUCUCUUGGCAUCAACUAUGGUCAAAUUGCCAACAAUCUUCCUUUACCGGAAAAUGUGGUACCUUUAGUUAAAUCCAUUGGAGCUACAAGAAUCAAGCUCUAUGAUGCUGACCCACAUGUACUCAAAGCCUUUGCUAACACUGGCGUUGAGUUCAUCGUCAGUCUCGGCAAUGAGUACCUUGCCAACAUGAAAGAUCCUUCCAAAGCUCAAUCCUGGGUUAAAACCAAUGUUCAAGCUUACUUACCUGCCACCAAAAUCACCUGCAUCGCUGUUGGUAAUGAAGUUCUUACUUUUAACGAUACCACCCUCACCGACAACCUCCUCCCUGCUAUGCAGAGUGUUCACACAGCUCUUGUUAAUCUCAAACUGGACAAGCUAGUCACUGUUACUACCGCACAUUCUCUUGCUAUUCUGCAAACUUCAUAUCCACCUUCUGCAGGAGUUUUCCGUCGGGAUCUAGUCACCUGUGUUACCCAGAUCGUGGACUUCCAUUGCAAAACUGGGUCGCCUUUUCUGAUUAAUGCUUAUCCUUACUUUGCUUACAAGGGUAAUCCGAAGCAGGUGUCCCUUGAUUUCGUGCUAUUUCAGCCUAACUCAGGUAUCGUUGAUCCGGAGUCCAAUCUCCGCUACGACAACAUGCUUUUUGCUCAGAUCGAUGCUGUUCACUCUGCUUUAGCUUCAAUCGGCUACAAAAACGUCUGCGUACAGAUAUCGGAGACGGGAUGGCCGUCUAAGGGAGACGCUGAUGAGGCCGGAGCUACACCGGAGAAUGCUAGGAAGUACAACUGUAAUCUGAUGAAGCUUAUUAGUCAGAAAAAGGGUACACCGAUGAAGCCUAACUCCGAUUUGAACAUAUACGUGUUUGCCUUGUUCAAUGAGAACCUCAAGCCUGGUCCUAGCUCGGAGCGAAACUAUGGACUCUUCAAGCCCGAUGGAUCUCAGGCUUACCCAUUAGGAGUACCGGCUAUCAGUGCCGUCAGUAAUAAUAGCAGCUCCGGUGGUUCUGGAUCUGGCACGGGUACUACACCAUCAGCUUCAUUGCCGCCAGCAAGCUCCUCCUCCGGCUAUCUAGCCAUUACUUCUGAUUCGGGGAGAAGUCUCUGUCGCUGCAAGUCCUUGCUUCUCUGCCUAGUGGCUUUUAUUUCACUGGCACUCCAUCUUCAAUGUUGAGCAUUGGACUACGGAUAUAUCACUGGACUAUGGAUGAUAUUUCGACGAAAGAAAGGGUGUAGUAAACAUCAGUGACCCAACUAGUACAACUUUGUAGUAGCUAUCAGACUCGGUGGUGUUUGUAUUCUUUGAUUAUUUUUUGACUCCUUCGAUCAGAUUGUAGCCUGCCAAUUUGCCUAUGGCACUACAUUUACGUAACAUGAUAGCCAGUGUCAUAAUUGCCAUUCUAUCCGCUGUCAAAUCUUAUUUUCAAGGCUGUCACUUCGUAUUUGAGUUUAA